AUGAGUAUCUUAUAAACAGAUUCAGAGAAAAUAUCUUGCAAAGCACAUAACAAUGAGUAUUGUGUUGCAGCAGAUUUAAACACAAAAGGAUAAAGGGAUGUCAAUUUUUUAUGCAUUAAGUGUAUAAUUGAAUAGUUAUCAAAUAAAAAAAUAACUUUAAUCGAUGACACUAAGAGAUUAAUUUGUGAAAUGAAAACCUAAAAGAUUGAAAAUUAGUAAAAAGAGAAAGAAAAAAGGUGUGAGACAUUUAAGAAUGUUUUAUCACAAAUCAAAGAAUUUAAACUACAUUUAAUAUUAUAUUUAUUUUCUUAAACUUAUUAGAUUUUUUGGAUAUUAUAAAAUAAAUUGUAACUGUUGAUGUGGCAUUUGAUAAAAUGACCAGUUUUAUACAAUAGAGGUUAUUUUAUAUUCAGAAGGAAAUUGAAUCACUACAAUAUGAAGGGAAAAACAAUUACUUAGAAGAUUUGACAGAAUUAUCAAGAAUUUAUUCUGAGGAAAAGUUUGAUAAUGGGAUCAAAAUAUAAGAAGAUAAUAAAAUCAUAGAAGAAAUUGAAAAAUAAUUUGAAACACUUUUUAACACUCCUCAAUAUUUAUAAUUAAAUCAAACAAUUAAAAAUACAAGAUCUCUUUUAUAAGAAACAACAGAAGCAACUGUUUUAAUAUAUUUAAUAUAACCAUCAAAUGAAAAGUUAGUUUAUUUAUUAAUGACAUAGAAAACUCCAAGUUUAAAAAAAUUAUGUAAGAUACAUAAAAAAGAAAUUAUAAUGUUUGAUGCAGAUGUUGAAUCAAAAAUAAGGAAAUAGAGGAAAAAUUUAUGUGUGUAUAUUGUAUGA